GCUGGCGUCGAAAUGGGUUCAGACCGGGGCCAGGGCUCACUUCGGGAGCGGGGCUGCUCGGCACGCACUUGAGCUCUUAAAGGAAUCUGCGCAGUUGUCCGCGACUAGUACGUCGUAAUUUCGACCAGCUAUAGUAGAACGCAAAAGUUGAGGCACGCGCUGCCUGGCGGCAUGGGAAACAAGGUGGUCACUUUCACGGACGAGCAACUCGAGGAUUAUCAGGACUGCACCUACUUUACAAGGAAAGAAAUUCUCAGGAUACAGAAGCGGUUCCGAGAGCUGGACAGCCAGCGGGUUCCCAUUGUCAUGACGGGGAACGAGGCGCACACCAUUGUCGUUCCCAUGGAGAAGAUUGAGAAGAUGCCCGAACUUAAGGAAAACCCGUUCAAGGAGCGCAUCUGCAAGGUCUUCUCGCACGACGGCAGCGGCAACAUGACCUUCGAUGACUUCCUGGACAUGCUGUCCGUGUUCAGCGAACCAUCACCACGCGACGUCAAAGUAUUUUAUGCAUUCCGCAUCUACGAUUACGACGAAGAUCAGAUGCUGGGUCCCGGGGACAUCGAAAAGGCGACGAUAGCACUGACGCGCUCCGAGCUGACACCCGAAGAGGUUCAGAUCGUGGUCGAGAAAGUGCUGGAGGAGGCCGACAUGGACGACGACGGAAAGAUCUCCUUCACCGAAUUCGAACACGUCAUCACGCGCGCACCAGAUUUCAUCAGCGCCUUUCACAUCAGAAUAUGAACCUCGUCGGGUGACACAGCCCGGAAAAAGCAAGCCUUCGUGAUUGCCCUUUCUGAGAGAAUAAGCCAACGUCAGUGAGAGGAAGCGAACCACAACACAAGCAAACUUAGGUCCAAACCACUAGCGGCCUUCAGUAUUGUCCCAUGUCUUUGGAUUUCCUUUAAAAUCAAGGCAGUCAACCCAGCACUCUGUCCUUACUGCGUCAUUCUCGUUGGAACCUACGUUGCAAUCAAUGAACGACAACCAGUUGUACCGUAAUGAAGUAUUGAAAUACUCGAUGUUUGUCACAUAAUUCAUAUAGCGCGGAAGUCGUACUAACUGUGCAUAGAGGGAGACGCCCGAAGUAAAUAAGCGAUUAUUGUGACAGAAACUCAGAAAUUUAUUUACGCAUGGUUCAUUCCAGCUAAAUGUCAAGAACAAGAUGCAGCCAGACAGCCGACAAGUGAGAGUUCCCAACGUUUGCGACCCCAAAGGGUGGGCAAGUUUUGGUGCGCAAACACUCCUGCCCCCUGCCCGAUCGUAAUUGACGGUUAUGAUCGAUUGGACA